CUGGUACAUGGGUUCCGCAACCGUGUGACGAGCAGCAUCCAUUUUUGUGCAGCACCGAGGAGGACGCGCAACAGACGCAGGGUCUUCUUCCUGGGCUUUCAAGGUACGAGUGUCCACCAAAAUUUUACCUUGUUGGGCCUCGCUGUUUUCGGUUUUUUACUGAGGCGAAGGUCACUUACGAGGAGGCUGUGGCCUCGUGUUCGUUGCUUAACGCAUCUGUUCUCAGCAUACGAUCCUUUAGAGAACAAGAUUUCCUGAUUGCGAUGCUGGCUGACUACGACUCGGUCUUUUGGCUUGGUCUCACGCGAAACGGCAGCGAGCAUCAUUGGGCUAAUUCCUCAGAACCUUCGGUGGAUUUCACCAAUUGGAUGGAGGGGGAGCCCCGCGGAAGUCCCUCCGUAUGUCUCUAUAGUCAUUUCAAUUGGUUUUUUUAUAAUUUAGUUUCUUUAUAG